UUGGCCAUUAUCAGUCGUCCGUCAGUUUGCGGUUUGUGUUUCGUGAGGCUGUCUGUUUUCAAGUUUGCAAAUUCCUCUUACCUACAUUUCUUUCCUUUCUUUCAUCAAGGAGUUUCAGGAAUCCUCAGAAUUCAGGAAUUUUGAUUGUACUUUUGGUCGUAAAUAGUUUCUGUGGUAGUGUAAGAUGUGGGAAGAAGGCAGCAGCAACAGUGCGGGCAGCGAGAAAGGAGGUGCGAAGUAUGUGGACAUCACAAAACACCACGACGCUGUCUUCAACGAGCUGAUGCGGGAGUGCAAGCACAGCGCGCCCGGGGCCCGGCUGUCGGCGCGCCUGCGAACUUCGCUAGAGAGGAUGUGCCCGGAGGAGCGGCGCGCGGUGGUGUGCCGCACGGCGGAGGGCUGCGCGCCGCUGUUCGUGGCCAGCAAGCGCGGCAACGUGGAGCUGGUGGAGUACCUGGUGCACGUGUGCGCGGCCGAGCUGGAGCAGCGCGGCGUGUACGAGGUGCCCGACGACCGCUCCGUGCACACGGUCACGCCGCUGUGGUGCGCCGCCGUGGAGGGCCGGCUGGACGCGCUGGGCGUGCUGGCGGACGCGGGCGCGCGCGUGGACGCGCCCAGCGACAGCGGCUCCACGCCCGUGCGCUCGGCCUGCUUCAUGACGCACCUGGACGUGGUGCGCUUCCUGGUGCAGCGCGGCGCCGACAUCCACCGCCCCAACCACAACGGCGGCACCUGCCUCAUCAACUCCGUGCAGUCCGUGCGCCUCUGCACCUUCCUGCUCGAGCACGGCGCGCAGGUGGACGCGCUGGACAUGCAGCACAAGACGGCGCUGCACUACGCCAUCCAGGAGCACCGCGUGGAGACGGCGCGCCUGCUGCUGGAGCACGGCGCCGACCCGCACCUCGCCUCGCGCGCCGGCGACGACGCGCUGCGCACCGCCUGCCUCAAGGGCGCAGCACAGAUAGUGGCGCUGCUGGCGGCGCGCGUGCGGUACCCGGCGGCGCGGCUGGCGGACGCGUACGAGCUGCUGGGCGCCACGCAGCUGGACGAGUUCAACGACGUGGCCGCCGCGCUGGCCGCCUGGCGCCGCGCCACCGCCAUCCGCCACGCCGGGCCCGUCUAUGUGGAGAAGACGCCGGUGCGGCCUUUACACCCGGCGCUGGGCGGCGCGGCGGAGUGGCGCACGCCGGGCGAGCUGGAGGCGGCGGCCACCGACAUGGACGCGCUGCGCACGCAGGCGCUGCUCGUGUGCGCGCGCGUGCUCGGGCCCGCGCACAAGGACACCGUGCUGCGCCUCAUGUACAGAGGAGCGUCAUAUGGUGACGCAUUCCGCUAUCAGCGUUGCAUCGAGCUGUGGACGUGGGCGCUGGAAAUCCGCAUACAGAAAGACUCUUUGCUUUACACAGACACGUGCCACACGGCGUGCGCGCUGACGCGGCUGAUGCUGGACGCGCGCGCCGGCCGCCUGGAGCGCGGCCGCGACCUGCCGCGACACCAGGACGUCGUCUCCGUCUUCCGCCUGCUCGCCGCCGACUUGCCCGCCUGCCGCCGCGCGCUGGAGGUGCGGCCGGUGUUCAAGAAGCAGGCGGAGACGUUCGACCGCGCGCUGCGCUGCGUCACGCACCUCGUGUACCUGCUGCUCGACACGGCCGACACGCCUGAGGAACGCGAGGAGGUGGUGCGGCUGGUGCGCGCGCUGGUGGCGGCGGACGUGCGCAGCGCGCACACGGGCGACACGCUGCUGCACCUCAGCGUGUCGUGCCUCAACGUCAUCCGCUCCACCUACUUCGCCGACGAGGUGCACGUGCCGCCGAUCUUCCCCUCCGUAGCCGUGGUCCGGCUGCUCCUGCAAUGCGGCGCGGGCGUGGGCACGCGCAACGAGGCGCGCUCGACGGCGCUGCACGUGGCGGCCAUCCCGUACAACUUCUCCAGCGAGCUGGUGGGCGCGCUGCUGGCCGGCGGCGCGCACAUCGACCAGCCCAACAAGUUCGGCGACCUGCCCGCCGAGCUCGUCGCGCUCAACCGCGGGAACAAAGUCAAGGUAUUGCAGCACAUGACACUAGCCUGCGUGGCGGCGCGCGCGCUGCUGGCGAGCGGCCGGCCCGUACCACGCUCAGCGCUGCCGCGCACGCUGCACGACUUCCUCGACCUGCACCGGCCUUAGGCCACGCCCACGGACCACGACGCGUCCGCCACCUCUACUAGCGAUCUGCGUGCUCAUCAUACCAUGAGUUUACGUUAAGCCUAAAGUCUGUUCGCCGAGAGUUGAUAAAAAAAAUUCAAUAUCAGAGGUUCUAA